UUGUUGAUGAGUGCGUUUUUCUUCAAACCUCUUUUCAUCUUUUGCUGAUGAGAAAUCAUGGCUAGAAGUAUUAACAAUAUGAUCACAUAUUUUGCAACUCGUCAAUUCAAAUACCAGAGGUACCACUCUCUACUUCGUCGUUCGGAUCUCAAUGACCACACUCUCAUCUUUGAUCUAGAAGGUGCAUUGUUGAAAUCUUCUUCAGUGUUCCCAUUUUUCAUGCUCGUUGCGUUUGAAGCAGGAGGGCUAUUAAGAGCCAUAGUUCUGCUUUUAGUGUACCCUUUUGUUUGUUUAGUUGGUGAUGAAACGGGGUUGAAGAUUAUGGUUAUGAUAUGCUUCUUUGGGAUCAAAGAAGAGAGUUUCAGAGUGGGAAGAACAGUUUUGCCGAAGUUCUUGUUGGAGGAUGUUGGGUCAGAAAUGUAUGAGGUGGUGAAAAGAGGUGGCAAAAAAGUGGGGUUGAGCAAGUUGCCACGAGUGAUGGUGGGAAGCUUCUUGAAGGAGUAUUUGGAGAUUGAUUUUGUUGUGGGGAGAGAGCUGAAAGUGUUCAAUGGCUUCUACGUGGGGUUGAUGGAGGAGAGAAAAACCAUGCAUGCUAAUUUGGAGCUGGUUCCUGACGGGAAAAGAAACUAUUCCCACAUCAUUGGAAUUUCAGGAUUUCGUCAGGAUCUGGAUGAUGAUUACUUUUCUUUAUGCAAGGAAGUGUAUAUGGUAGCGGAAGCUGAGAAGAAAAAUUGGAAAAUCCUAGCAAGAGACAAAUACCCAAAGCCACUAAUAUUCCAUGAUGGAAGAUUAGCACUUAAACCCACACCACUAAUGACUUUAGCCAUGCUAAUGUGGCUUCCUUGUGGCUUCAUCCUUGCAUUGAUUAGGAUCACAACAGCAUUCUCACUUCCAUACAACAUCUCAACGCCCCUAUUGGAAUUCACUGGGCUUCAUCUCACAACUUCAAGGCCCAAAGAAGAUAAAUUAUUGCUCAAGGGGCGUCUUUAUGCAUGCAACCACAGAACAUUACUAGACCCUCUCUAUGUGUCGUUCACUUUGAGUAGAGACUUAGUGGCCGUCACAUACAGUUUGAGCAGAAUGUCCGAGAUAAUAUCACCCAUCAAAACGGUGCGUUUAACGAGGAACCGCGGCCAGGAUGCUAAGACGAUAAAAAGGUUGCUGAAACAUGGUGACCUGGUUGUGUGCCCCGAAGGGACCACGUGCAGAGAGCCCUAUUUAUUAAGGUUCAGCCCUUUGUUUUCGGAACUGUGCGUUGAAAUAAUCCCUGUGGCAAUUGAUUGUCAUGUGACAAUGUUCCAUGGCACAACCGCAGGAGGUCUUAAGUGCUUGGACCCAUUUUUCUUCUUGAUGAAUCCCACACCUUCUUACUCUGUUCAGUUGCUAGAGAAAGUGUCACCUUCCAUUACCGCUAGUAAUGUUAUCAAUGACGAUUAUGCGAGAUUUGAAGUGGCUAAUCACGUGCAAACGCAUAUUGGGAAGGCCCUGGGUUUUGAAUGCACUCAACUUAAUAGAAAAGACAAGUACUUGAUUCUGGCCGGUAAUGAAGGUAUAGUAUCGACCACAAAGAGUGGUAGGAGUAUAUAAUAAAUGGAGUAGUGUUUUAAUUAAUGUUGCUCCUGCUUUGCCUAAAUCACCGACAGUUAAAUAAAGGCCCUGCUGUGAUGGAAAAUAUAUGUGGCAAAUAUGCCUUGGGCUUGUCAUUAUUUUUUCUCCAUUUGUCUUCGUCCCUAUAUAUCUUGUAAUAAUAUAAUAAAGCAACAUUGAUUCAUGUCUUCGUGUUAUAGCUAGUGUGAUAUGA